UUUGCUUCUGUGGGUAACAAAGAGCAAACACUUAGAAGAAACUAAGGAUACUCUCAUCAAGGCAUUAGAAGAAAAAUGGAGAGCAAAGGGAGUUGGACAGUGGCUGAUGCCGUAGACUACAAAGGCCGACCCGCCGACAAAUCCAAAACCGGUGGCUGGAUCACUGCAGCUCUCAUUCUUGGGAUAGAAGUUGUGGAGAGGCUAUCAACAAUGGGAAUAGCAGUGAAUUUGGUAACAUAUUUGAUGGAGACAAUGCAUCUCCCAAGUUCAACUUCUGCCAAUAUUGUCACUGACUUCAUGGGCACUUCCUUCCUCCUUUGCCUGCUCGGAGGCUUUCUCGCUGACUCCUUCCUCGGCCGUUUCAAAACCAUCGCUAUUUUUUCAACCAUUCAAGCUCUGGGAACUGGUGCACUAGCGGUAGCAACGAAGCUGCCGGAGCUACGUCCACCAACAUGCCAUCAUGGGGAAGCUUGCAUCCCCGCGACCGCCUUCCAAAUGACUAUUCUUUAUAUUUCACUUUACCUUAUAGCCCUUGGAACUGGUGGCCUUAAGUCUAGUAUCUCUGGAUUUGGGUCAGACCAGUUUGAUGACAAAGAUCCUAAAGAAAAAGCUCACAUGGCUUUCUUCUUCAACAGGUUCUUCUUCUUCAUUAGCAUGGGGACAUUGUUGGCUGUGACUGUUUUAGUUUACAUGCAAGAUGAAGUGGGAAGAUCUUGGGCUUAUGGAAUCUGCACUGUCUCUAUGGCUAUAGCUAUAGUAAUAUUCUUGUGUGGGACUAAGAGGUACCGUUAUAAGAAGAGUCAAGGAAGUCCCGUUGUGCAAAUCUUUCAGGUCAUAGCGGCUGCAUUUAGGAAGAGGAAAAUGGAACUACCUCAAAGCAUUGUUUAUCUUUAUGAAGACACUCCAGAGGGCAUAAGAAUUGAACAUACUGAUCAGUUUCACUUGUUGGACAAGGCGGCCAUAGUUGCAGAAGGAGAUUUCGAACAAACCCUAGACGGAGUCGCAAUUCCAAACCCUUGGAAGCUAAGCUCAGUGACCAAAGUUGAGGAAGUGAAAAUGAUGGUUAGGCUUUUGCCUAUUUGGGCAACAACUAUAAUUUUCUGGACAACAUAUGCCCAAAUGAUUACAUUCUCUGUUGAGCAAGCUUCAACUAUGAGACGUAACAUUGGAAACUUCAAGAUCCCAGCUGGUUCCCUCACCGUGUUUUUCGUCGCGGCUAUUCUCAUAACUCUAGCUGUCUACGACCGCGCCAUAAUGCCUUUUUGGAAGAAGUGGAAAGGAAAACCAGGUUUCUCUAGCCUACAAAGAAUAGCUAUUGGAUUGGUCUUAUCAACCGCUGGAAUGGCAGCUGCAGCUCUAGCUGAGCAAAAGCGUUUAUCGGUUGCGAAAUCUAGUUCACAAAAAACAUUGCCCAUAAGUGUAUUCUUACUUGUUCCACAAUUCUUCUUAGUGGGAGCUGGGGAAGCUUUUAUCUACACUGGCCAACUUGAUUUCUUCAUAACCCAAUCGCCUAAGGGAAUGAAAACAAUGAGCACUGGCCUUUUCUUGACCACUUUAUCACUAGGUUUCUUUGUCAGCAGUUUCUUGGUCUCAAUUGUCAAGAGGGUCACUUCAACUUCUACUGAUGGAGGAUGGCUGGCUGAUAACAUCAACCACGGCCGACUCGAUUACUUUUAUUGGCUUUUAGUCAUUCUCAGUGGAAUUAACUUCGUUGUCUAUAUCAUAUGUGCCUUGUGGUUUAAGCCAACGAAGGGUAAAGACUCAGCAGAGAAGGAAAAUGGCAAGGGAUUUUCAGUUGAAGACUGCUAAAUUUUGUUUUGAAUAAUUUUCUUAUGUACCA